CAAAUCCACAUUUACGUGAUCGAGAUAAUUAUUCACCAUAUCAAUAUGCCAAUAUGAAACAUUUACAUUUUUGUCGAUUAAUUUAUGAACGUUAUAAUGUUGGUCAAGAAAAGCAACCAAAUGAAAAACAUACACUGAAUGAAAAUCUAAUCAAUGAAUUAACUAAUUUUCGUCCAAUUAAUCCACAAUUUUCUAAUUAUCAG